AAAUGGGGUCACUUAAAACACCCACUGUUUCAAAAUGGUGGCAAACCAUUCACUGAUGAAAAUUGUUCCAUUGGAAAAAACCUAAAGAAAUCCCAGAUAUCUGAGUUGGCUCAUUUAAGCUCAAAAAAAGGUGAAUUAACCUUGGUCCUAACAGCCCAAGAUGUUGUAGUUGAAGGCUUCUGCAUGAGCAAUUGCGGGUAUCACGGGUCGGGUCAAGGCAAAAAAUCUGUUUUCAUAUGGGUGGGUAACUCGGUGACUCAGUGCCCCGGUCAAUGUGCGUGGCCAUUUCACCAACCAAUUUAUGGACCACAGGACAAGCCAUUGGGUGCACCAAAUGGAGACGUGGGUGCGGAUGGCAUGAUUGUAAAUACAGCGAGUCUUUUGGCCGGAGUUGUAACGAACCCAUACGGGAACGGCUACUACCAGGGCCUGGCUGAAGCGCCCUUAGAGGCAGCUUCGGCUUGCGCCGGGUUUUAUGGUAGAGGGGCUUAUCCAGGUUAUGCAGGUGAGCUGCUUGUGGAUUCGAUAAGUGGUGCAAGCUAUAAUGCGCAUGGUACAAACGGAAGGAAGUAUUUGUUGCCUGGGCUUUUUGAUCCAAAUAAAUCAGCUUGCUCAACUAUUGUCUAGAAUAAUACAUAUACUUCUGCUAGAAGAUGGAGCACUUCAAAUGUUUACUUUUAGUUAUGUAAAUUUUGUUUAUAUGUAGUUUAAACAUUUACUUUGAGGAAAAUGUAAUUUUCGUCCCGUA